CUAGCCCCAGGGAUUUCACAUUCUUGGACAGAAUCCAUUUCCAGUGCAAGUGAUUUCCAGAGGCGUAGAGGUCAGACUGAUGCUAGAAAAACAGUUUCUCUCCCAGGUUGACGCGUAACGGUGCUUUUAGCUGCGUUUCGACUGCGUGUCAUUGGAUGCAAUUACACCCGAAGCGGUUGUGAUAACCACUAUUAUACGUGAUACGAUAUCAAAUCCUUGCACUCGGCAACUUUCGUGCAGAGAAGGCAGAACUCAGCCACACGAGAUCUUCAGCCCCUUAGCUCCCUUGAUUGCGUGAUUGCUUAGCUGUCGUAAGCUCCAUGAUCAGCAGUGUGAGGUUAAGUUGACUAUCGUCUCAUUCUUACUCAUCCAGAGCUCCGACUGGCAGAGGGAGCAUUCCAGCGCUACCUGAAUCGCUGGAACAUCCCAGGACAGGAUAGCUGCGCAUCUCGUCCUGUACAAAUAGCCAAUGGGACUCGAUAGCCAAAGAGACGAGCUGAGAGGUGCCUGCAGUCCUGACGCCUUUCAGCGCAGGAGCAGGCAACCACGAGAAAGCAGCCUGCCUCGCUUGGUUAACAAGCUCUGUAGGCUGUUCAGCAACUCUUCAUCUCAGCCUGCACGACACGGGAAGGCGUCUCGCAAGCGACCCUCCGCAUCUCGCUCUCUUAGUGCCUCUGCCAGCCCCAAGAAAAUGCCAUGUCCACAUCAGAGGCUGCGCAAGAGUUGCUCUGCGGAUUGCAGCGACGCGUCGCGCGUCUCUCGCAAGAGCGCGCAACAUAUCUCGCCCCUGCAGCAAGGCAUAUCGAGCAGCUGUCGCGCGUCGCCAGCCAUCAGCGAACACUCGAGGCUAUCUGCAACCUCCUCGUCGACCUCCUCGUCAUGUGGAAGCAGUGGUGGUGCUUCGGAAAGGCACAUACGGUUCUCCGAUGAAGCCCUGGUGAGGGAUGCGUGUUCGCGAGGAGACCUGACAUCACUCACAUCGCUUCUCGAGGACCUGGCAGUUAAAAAGUCUGUUGAUAUGAGAGCGAUGAGGCACAAUGCUUACGGACGCACUCUCCUGCAUGAAGUUGCACACCGAGGUUCCAAGCGAAUGAUUGAAGUUCUCCUGAGGUACGGAUCAGAUCCAAAUGCUCCGGACAACAAUGGAGAUCGACCGUUGCACGCCGCCGCCCUACGAGGGAGUUACGAGAUCUCGGAGUUGCUGCUCCAGUACGGUGCCAAAGUGCAUUUAUUCAAUGCCGAGCUGCGGCUGCCCAUCGACAUAGCGCGAGCCAGACAGGAUUAUGACGUGGUGAGGCUGCUCAGUGAUGCUGCUCACGCACAGGCGGCGUUCGAAUGCCACCAGGCGCGGCGCGACGCGGGAAUGCUCGGCCCAAGCAUUGCAGAGUCUAGUAGUAGCCAAUCAUCGGCGGCGACACGCCAACGCUUACGAAGACCCAGCGUGGACGGGGCCAUGCAAACGUUGACCAAGGCGCAGGGCGAGGGUGAUAAGGACCGGAUAUUCCUGAGACGAUUGGCCAGCGACGAACCACCACGCCACAGUCGGACAGCCCUCUCGGAACGCAGAAUACCUGGCCGAGGACAGUCCCAUCAACGUCACCUAAUGCCGACGCGAGCAUCCGGAAUGGCUAAAGGCCCGGACGAGAUGUAUCAGCCCAGCUCGGAUACUGGCUGUGGGAGACCACUCCGCUUGGAAGAUGACUUUGGAUUUCCUCUGCCCAGGAAUAGAGUAGGCGCAGAGAAACAACACUUUGCUCAUCCCGGGCUAGGCCGACAUGCUCCGCUCUCGCGCUACCCGAUGCCAAACCCAUUGAUCACAGAUCUUUUCAAGGGAGAGCUGGGCAAUGGUGAGUCGAAGCGCUCCACAGUACCCAGUGGCAAAGGCGAGGUAAGCAAGUAUCCGUGUGAAAUGACCAGUGUAGAGCUCUGACCGUGAGAACUAGGCAUUAGCAACAGAACAUCCCUGCCACUCAUUGAGCCUUCUAUUCAUACUCAAAUUACGGAACAACAAGGGCAAUAAAAGGCUUAUUUGCUACCUUGUUGCUGCGUUACAUUCUCCGGGGUACUCGAAAUACAGCGAACUAAACAAUUAUAUUCAAACUAUACUACAACACAAUGAGCGCUGAGAGUGAGGGAUAACGUUGCUGUUCAAAGAACAACCUGUUUAUUCUGAAAUUGUAUCUGAAUUUUGGAUCAUUAGUUCUCAGUUGUGUGUCUUACUCUUCUUAGUUGUUGAGUUUUCUCAUUGCUUGUGACGUGUGUAUUAACUAGCACAUUUCUCUAAUCAGUAAACCUUAGAAAAUCACAAUAAUUAUUACCAUCUUUGAUGAAACAUUGAAGUACGAUCAUUCCCUAAUCAUCACUCGCGUAUUGGUCUUCCAGAGUGUAUCCUUUUAGCUCUACGGUCAGAAUGGACUAUGCGCCUCAUUUACUAUUACCCACAGGUUCAGCCCUGGCAUUACACGUGUCGUUCAUUCCAUUGCGCAAUGAUUGAUGUCCACGCGAACAUCAGAGAUCAUUACGGUCUUAUGGCUAGAAUACUUUUUUAAAGCUUGAGAUUGGUUUGCAUUGGUCUCUAGGACAAUGCAACAUGCCACCCACCCUACAAUUGUCUGCGCUAUUGCACUGUGCCUAGGCUGGUAUAGGCACCGUUUCCGCUGCGUUUGAUUCUCCUAAAAUAGGCGAAUUAAGUAAUGAUCUAACGCAGUUACGCAUCAUUCUGUCAAAUCUGUGGACAGCAACUGUUUCGCUCUGUUAGAGCUCCUCAGCACAGCUCAGCUGUCAUAACACAUUGAAUAUGAUUAUGAUUAUGUGGUAC